AAUUAGGGAUAGAGAGAGAGAGAGAGUGGGGAUUCGGAGUGGGGGAGAAUGAAGGUCAGACGGCUGAUUUCGUCGGGAUCAUGGGUGGUAAGAAAACUAUGCACGACGGCGACGGAGACGGCGACGGAGGCAGUGUCAGUGGCGCCAAGGAGAGAUAGGUUGUAUUCGAGGCUGUCGGAAUUGAGGGUUAAGGGUGGGACAGUGGCUCAGACGCUAAAUGAUUACGUAAUGGAGCGCAAACACUUGAGUAAAGAUGAGCUUACUCGUUGCAUUAAGGACCUCCGCAAGUACGGUCGCUACCAGCACGCACUCGACGUCAUUGAUUGGAUGUGGAGGAGGAACCUGAAUUUAUCGUGGAAAGACUAUGUCAUGCGGAUAGAUCUUUUAGCAAAAGCUAAAGGAAUUGAUGCUGCAGAGAAUUACUUUAGUGGUCUUCAUCCAGAUGCUAAGAAUCAGUUUACUUACGGUGCCCUUCUAAACUGCUAUUGCUAUGAACUAAUGACUGAAAAGGCAUUAGCUCAAUUUGAGGAGAUGGAUAAAUUGCAGUAUGUUAAUAAUUGUUUGCCUUUCAACAAUCUCAUGAGCAUGUAUAUGAAAUUGGGCCAAUAUGAUAAGGUGCAUGCUCUUGUAGAUGAAAUGAAAAAGAGAAACAUAUCCCCAGUGGCCUAUACUUAUACUGUCUGGAUGCAGAGCUAUGGAUGUUUGAAUGAUAUUGGAGGGGUAGAGAGAGUUCUGGAGGAGAUGGCAAAAGAUAGUGAAGUAAAUAGCAAUUGGACUGCAUAUAGUAAUCUGGCUGCCAUCUAUAUCAAGGCUGGACAGUAUGAGAAAGCUGAGUUAUCUCUUAAGAAAUUGGAGAAAUGCCCAAAGCCUCUUGAGCGUGAGGCUUACCAUUUUCUGAUUAGCUUGUACACUGGCACUUCUAAUCUAGCUGAGGUCAAGCGGGUCUGGGAUGCUCUGAAGGGUGCCUUUUCUUCAGUUACAAAUAUGAGCUACCUUGUUAUGCUCCGCGCUCUGGCUAAACUAAAUGAUCUUGAUGGAUUGAAGGAAUGCUUCAAGGAGUGGGAAUCCAUUUGCUCUAAUUACGAUCCAAGGCUUGCAGUCACUGUCAUACAUGCUUAUCUAACGCAGGACAUGAUUGAGGAAGCCAAAUGGGUUUUUGAGAAGGCUUUAAAGAGAAGUAAUGGGCAUUUCUUCAAGCUGAGAGAGACAUUCAUGGUUUAUUUCUUGAAGAAGCAGCAACUGGACUUGGCCCUGGAGCACAUGGAAGGUGCUGUGUCUGAAGUCAAGGACAACAACUGGCAACCGGCUCUGGAAACCGUGACUGCAUUUUUUGAUUAUUUCACAAAAGAGAAGGAUGUUGAUGGCGCAGAAGAGUUCUGCAGGGUUCUCAAGAAUUUAAAUUGUCUCAAUUCAGAUACCUACUGUUUGCUGCUAAAAACUUACAUAGCUGCUGAUAAAGUGGUUCCUGACAUUUAUCAGAGGUUGGAAGAAGAUGAUAUCGAACUAAGCAAGGAGUUUCAAGAAUUGAUUAAGAAGGUGUGCCCGACAUAGUUAGUUAUUUACAGUUUUUUCUCAUUAUAUAAUUAGGUAGGUACCAAUAUUGAAUAUUUAUUUUAAAUUGGAAAUUAGCCUGUUCAACUAUUGCAGCGAGUUUUUUUGGGUUCAUGUGAUACGGGCUAUGGAACAAAAAAGGGUGCCGCAU